GGAGAGCGGCGGCGGCGGUGGGGGGGAAAGGAUGCAGGGGAAGAAGCCGGGAGGCUCGUCGGGCGGCGGCCGGAGCGGCGAGCUGCAGGGGGACGAGGCGCAGAGGAACAAGAAGAAGAAAAAGAAGGCGUCCUGCUUCUCCAACAUCAAGAUCUUUCUGGUGUCCGAGUGCGCCCUGAUGCUGGCGCAGGGCACGGUGGGCGCCUACCUGGUGAGCGUGCUGACCACCUUAGAGCGGAGGUUCAACCUGCAGAGCGCCGACGUGGGCGUCAUCGCCAGCAGCUUCGAGAUCGGAAACCUGGCGCUCAUCCUCUUUGUGAGCUACUUUGGGGCGCGUGGGCACCGGCCUCGGCUCAUCGGCUGCGGGGGCAUCGUCAUGGCGCUGGGCGCGCUGCUGUCCGCGCUGCCGGAGUUCCUGACGCACCAGUACAAGUACGAGGCCGGCGAGAUCCGCUGGGGCGCCGAGGGCCGAGAUGUCUGCGCCGCCAACGGCUCGCGCGGUGACCAGGGGCCGGACCCCGACCUCAUCUGCCGCAGCCGGACCACCACCAACAUGAUGUACCUGCUGCUGAUUGGGGCCCAGGUGCUCCUGGGCAUUGGUGCUACCCCCGUGCAGCCCCUGGGUGUCUCCUACAUCGACGACCACGUGCGCAGGAAGGAUUCCUCCCUCUACAUAGGAAUCCUGUUCACGAUGCUGGUAUUCGGACCAGCCUGUGGAUUUAUCCUGGGCUCUUUGUGUACCAAAAUCUACGUGGACGCUGUCUUCAUUGAUACAAGUAACCUGGACAUCACUCCGGACGACCCCCGCUGGAUCGGAGCCUGGUGGGGUGGCUUUCUGCUCUGCGGUGCCUUACUCUUCUUCUCUUCCCUCUUGAUGUUCGGGUUCCCACAGUCUCUGCCCCUGCACUCAGACCCCGCCAUGGAGAGCGAGCAGGCCAUGCUCCCCGAAAGAGAGUACGAGAGACCCAAGCCCAGCAACGGGGUCCUGCGGCACCCCCUGGAGCCAGACAGCAGUGCCUCCUGCUUCCAGCAGCUGAGAGUGAUCCCCAAGGUCACCAAGCACCUGCUCUCAAACCCUGUGUUCACCUGCAUCAUCCUGGCCGCCUGCAUGGAAAUCGCAGUGGUGGCUGGCUUUGCUGCCUUCUUGGGGAAGUACCUGGAGCAGCAGUUUAACCUCACCACCUCCUCUGCCAACCAGCUGCUCGGGAUGACUGCAAUUCCCUGCGCCUGUCUGGGAAUCUUCCUGGGCGGCCUCCUGGUGAAGAAGCUCAGCCUGUCUGCCCUUGGCGCCAUCCGGAUGGCCAUGCUUGUCAACCUGGUGUCCACAGCUUGCUACGUCUCCUUCCUCUUUCUGGGCUGUGACACGGGCCCCGUGGCUGGGGUUACUGUUCCCUACGGCAACGCCUCAGCGCCUGGUUCGGCCCUGGACCCCACCUCACCCUGCAAUAAAAACUGUGAAUGCCAAACCGAUUCCUUCACGCCCGUGUGUGGAGCAGAUGGCAUCACCUACCUGUCUGCCUGUUUUGCUGGCUGCAAGAGCACGAAUCUCACCGGCUGUGCGUGCCUCACGACUGUCCCGCCUGAGAACGCGACUGUGGUUCCCGGAAAAUGCCCCAGCCCCGGGUGCCAAGAGGCCUUCCUCACCUUCCUGUGCGUGAUGUGUGUCUGCAGCAUGAUCGGCGCAAUGGCGCAGACGCCCUCGGUCAUCAUCCUUAUCAGGCUUCAUCCCCCCGCCACUCAUCUUUGGGGCCGGCAUCGACUCCACCUGCCUGUCCUGGAGCACGUUCUGCGGGGAGCAGGGCGCCUGCGUCCUCUACGACAACGUGGCCUACAGGCACCUGUACGUCAGCAUCGCGAUCGCACUCAAGUCCUUCGCCUUCGUCCUCUACACCACGACGUGGCAGUGCCUGAGGAAAAACUAUAAACGCUACAUCAAAAACCACGAGGGCGGGCUGAGCACCAGCACAGAGUACCAAGACAUUGAGACUGAGAAAACCUGCCCAGAGUCACAAUCACCUUCAGAAGACUCCUUUGUGAGAAGCUGAGGGCCUGGCCCUCAUCCUCCUGCAGACAGCAGCCCAUCACCGCCCACAGACCUCGCGGGCCUGACUUAGCGAGCCCUGCCCUGCCCUGCCCGAGAACCCCAAGGGCCCUGUGUGAAUUACCCGGCCAGUGUGUGGGCCCGGGAGUGGCUGUGAUCAGAAAUCCUCUAAACCCUCCAAGUAGACCUUGCCCGGUCACUCACGGUGCUGGUGACCGGGUACGCAAACCCCCUUUUGCCCAUCCCUUCUUUGGCUCCUAUGGGGAUGACCCGCUGACACGCUUUAGGAAAAAAAAACCCUCUCCAGAAUGCUUCUCUGAUCGAGGUACCCAACAGCUCUUCCCAAAUCAGCUGAGGCUGGAUUUUAAUAGGAGGGGGCAAAAAUCUCCCUGUCUCGCAGAAUGGAGGGAUUGGGGGGACAGCACAUACUCGAUAGAUUCUGAGUGUGGUAUUCUGUAUUUUUGCAGCUUAUAUUUUCCAGAUGAGCAGUUUAGAGAUAUGUGAUGUAAAGUACAUACUGUACAAUUGCUGAAAAUUAUAUUAA